GAGGGGCGGAAAAAGGCGGCUGCGCGCAGGCACCAUGUUUCAGUUUUUGGUUGGUUUUGCACUUGGCAAUGUAGUUGGGAUGUAUCUGGCCCAGAACUAUGAUGUUCCGAACAUUUCAAAGAAGAUUGAAGACAUCAAGAGAGACGUGGAAGCUAGAAAGAAGCCUCCAAACGACAAAUGAUGUUUACCUAGCUGUCUCUGUAUUAAAUGUAGAUCAUGUAGUUUUGCCACUAGGUCACAGAUGCCAAACCUUCAUGUGGCUUUUCUGGAUUUCCUCCAGAUGUGUAGUCUUGAAAAACCAAGCUGCCCUCAGGCUGAAGUGUCACCACAUCCAAGGGACCUUCUAGCACUUUCUGGAUAUUUGACUUCUUUUCUUUCUUUCUUUUUACCCCAUGUGUAAUAAGAAAAACCAUGCAGGGAGAGACUGAGAGAUUGGACUAUUGUUCUCAGUGUUUGUUUUCAAUAAUAUUUUCUAUUCAGUAUUAAUUUGAUUUCGGAGUAGAGUAAUGAAAUUAAUUAUUCCAGUGUGACAAUCAGUAAUGGUCUGGCUGUAGAAGUGACUCAUGAAAGAAAUUAAAAUGCGUCAGGAAUUAGCA